CAUUCCCUGUUUUUUCAUUUCAUAUCAUUCUGUUUCAAUUCAUCUCAUCUGAUUUCAUUUCCCCAUCUGAAAUAUCUUUCCUUCUUCACUAUUUCUCAGGUUGGAGGCGUUUCUCACAAUUGCACUGCAAUUUUAAACUUCUGCUCUUCAAUUUCUUUACACAGUUGGCGGGAGAUUCAGAGGCUAGGAAUGUUUUACUCUCAUCAAUUGUUGUCCAGAAAGGUUCCUCUAGGCCAAAUAUGGAUCGCAGCCACAAUGCACACCAAAAUCAAUAGAAGAAACGUUGACAGAAUUGACAUUGUGGAGAUCUGUGAACAAAUUCUCAAUCCAGCAGUUCCCCUGGCACUAAGGCUUUCUGGAAUACUCAUGGGAGGUGUAGUAAUUAUCUACAACAAGAAAGUCAAAUUUCUUUAUGAUGAUGCAACCAGGUUCAUGAUCCAAAUCAAGAAAGAUAUCACAAAAAGUCGCGUUCCUGGGGCUGAUACCACUGUUUUACCAAAGGGAAGAUCGCAAGCCAAAUUCGAGAAUAUAACUAUAAGUUACGCCCUUGACGAGUUAGACGACAUUGAACAGCUGAUGGCGCAUCCCAAGGAACGCCAUCAAAUCUCUUUGGAGGAAUUUUGCCUAAUUCCUGGCGAAGAACCAAAUGCUUCACUCAAACCCAUGAAGUUUCAAGCUGAUGUGGAGAACAUCACACUGCGGGAUGAUAAUUUCAGAUUUGAACAGCGGUACCGUGAUAAAACUCAAAUGUUUGAUGAAGAUAGGCUGGUAGGCGAACCUGAAAACAACACUCUGCCUCCUGAGUUGAAUUUAAAUACAGAGCAGCAGCAAGAUGGGGAAAUUCCGAAAGAACCAGAUGGAUUUAACACUAAUGAACUUCCGCAUGAAGUAGAGCAUCAAGGGGAGGCUCAGCGUGAAGGCCCUAAAUCGCCGGAGCCUGACGCACAGAGCAUUCAGCCUCCCAUCAGGCGUACUAAUAGGCAAGUGAUUAACAGAAAAAGAAAGAAAAACUCUAUUAUUUUGGAUGAAGAUUUUACAGUAAUUCCUCCUCGAGUGUAUCAGGAAUGGCUUAAUGAUCCCUCCGACCUCGUCAAAGAUGAUACUUGCAGGCUGAAAAUAAAAAAGGAGCGGGCAAGGAAUCGCAAUUCCACUACAGCAGAAAAGCUGAUGCGACUUCCAUCCACUUUGUUCUUUUCCAUGUCUGGCAAAUUAUCAUCUGACCCCUGUUGCGCAAUGCCCUUGUUAGAGCUGUGGAACCAAAAUAUUCUUGCGCAGAACAAAGGGAAAAUACAAGAAACUCUUGGAACUAGGACGACACGCUCAUCUUUGGCUGCUGAAAUGAGAAAUGAUGAGGAGCAGCCAAUAAAUUUUGGUGAGACUGAGCUUGUAAAUGAGGCUCGAGAGACUCUGCGAGCUAACCUUGCAACCCAAAACUUGCCAAAAGAUUUGGAUUUCAAUACAAUGAGAUUAACACCAAUGCCUUCAGGUCAAAGUACCAAAUCUAAUAAGGUGACCCCUGCGUCAGGACCAUUGGGAUCAAUAAAUGAGGGUUCAACCCCAAGAAUUAACAGACCCAAAAGCAAGCAUAUCACACCAGAUGGAUUUGGCAAUGUCCUUCCCGACGAAGAACAAAUGAUGGAGGAAUUUGCCUUUGCUAGUCCCCGAUGGGAAGUUGGCUCAGGUCAAAAUCAAAACAUCAAUCCAAGCCAAUUUGAUUUAAUGGUGGAAACAGAACCUUCUCAACCAAUACUCAAUCAAACACCUAAGGAGUCCAUGGACCAUUUAACAGGAAAAAUUCUCGACCAUUUUAGAGAUCAUUUCAAGACACCAGGAGUUCCACCAAAGCAGUCUUUGAACCAGCUUACUGAAGGGAUGAAGAGAAGACAAGCAGCCAGGCUAUUCUACCAAACAUGUGUUUUAGCUACCCAUAAAUAUGUCAAGGUCGAGCAAGAGGAGGCAUACGGUGAUAUCAUGAUCCAGAGAGGACCUUCUCUCUGAUGUCCUUGCUAUUUUCAAGGAAUAAAUGCAAGAUUCCAUAGAACUGCAUUUACAAAACUCAAGUUUCGUGCUGUCUGAAAAAAUGCUAGUCAUUCUAAAGGAAGGGCUUUUUUUAAGCGUCCUUCCAAUUUACCUGUUUCAAUUCAAUUUCUGAUCUUGGACAAAUAGACUUUUCUUUGGCGUCUUAAUCCACUUUGUAAUAGUGAAAGAGAGUUCUAAAUACUGAAAAAAGAGAGCAGCUUUAUCCUAUUUGAUCAGACUUUCCUCUUCGACUGUUAACCUACCUUCUGUAAUUAGGUUAACGUCCUAUUGUAUUCAUUAAAUAACAUCAUUAAAAUAGUUCCAUUUAGAAUUGGCCUUCUAUAAGAGACAUAUAUCCAUAUAAAAUACACACGGUUGUUUCACCGGUUGUAAGUAUGUGUUCAAUGACGGUUGGAAAUUUUUUUUAAGAUUCAGCCAUAAGUUUCUUUUCCUAAUGUAAGAGAUAGAUAGCACUACAGUCUAUUUGAUGCUUCAAUGGACUCUCUUAAGAUUUUACAACCUUUUAUGUUAAGCUUACAGAACUAUGGGCUAUGAUUUGCAAUAAAAUACUUAGUUGUGAUAAUUCUCCUUUA